AUGAAGAAGGAAGUUUUAUGUGAUGGAACUGUGUACACUGGAUCAGCAGGUUUAUCACUGUUCUUUCUCAUGCGUUAUAUUAAAUAUGAUCAAGAUGCUGAUUAUAAUUUACAGCUUGCACUUAAAUAUUUAGAUUUGAAGAAUCUAAAGGGCCAUCGUAUUAGCUUCCUUUGUGGGGACGCUGGUCCAAUUGCAAUAGCAACAGUUAUUUCAUACAAAUUGGGUACGAAACGCCCAGAGAAUUUGCCCGACUUCGAAGCACUAUCACAAAGGUUACUGGAUCUUAAUAGAUUGAUGAAAAAGUCACCAGAUGAAUUACUUUACGGAGCGGCUGGAUAUCUUUAUUCUCUAUUAUUUGUUAAGAGCAAUAUUGGUGAGAAUAUUAUACCUUCGAAGAACAUUGAAAAGGUUAUUGAUCACAUAUUAACAUCCGGAAAAUUAUUUUCCGCACAAGUAAAGUCGAAUAGUCCGCUCUUGUGGCAAUGGCAUGACAAGAUUUACUUAGGUGCUGCUCACGGUGUCGGGGGGAUAUUAUAUUUGUUGUUGCAGGCCCGAUCUUACAUUAAUCAACAAGACAUAGAAACUUUGAUAAAACCAACAUUAGAUUGGUUGGCACAUAAACAACUUCCAAGCGGCAAUUUUCCUUCAUCACUCGGCAGCAGUUCUGGAGAUAGAUUAGUGCAGUGGUGCCACGGCGCACCAGGCUUCGUGCAUCUGUUUGUUUUAGCUCAUCAGAUAUUUAAAGAUGAUAAAUAUUUACAAAUAGCUAUAAAAUGCGGCAAUGUCAUUUGGGAACGUGGUCUUUGCACAAAAGGUUAUAGUAUUUGUCACGGAGUCAGUGGGAACGCAUACUCAUUUAUUUGUUUGUAUCAAGCCACUAAGGACCCUCUUUAUUUGUUUCGGGCUUGUUGCUUUAUGGAUUGGUGCGUGAAGGCAAGGCCUGUUCCGCGCGACGCGUACAACUCGGGGAGCUCAGGGCUGUGCGACGGCGCCUCGGCGCAUCCAAGCGGCCAGGGCGCUCUCGUAGAGGGCGCGCGGCGGCGGGCCCUCGUCGCC